CACAACUAAAGGGCCACACAAAGAGCGGUGUACUUUGUUCGACAUAAUGGCUCCUCUGCACAAGCAACAAAAAUUCUUCUUUGUCCCCCUCUUUAUGGCACUGAACAUAAUAUAUGUGAGCAAAGCUGUUGAUGUUAGUUUCCAACAGAACUACAAGGUUGUAUGGGGAAAGCAUCACGUCUUCUUUCUAGACCAUGGAAGAGAAGUUCAACUCUUAAUUGAUAGAGCUUCAGGUGCUGGCUUCAGAUCGAAAUUGGACUACGCUUCUGGGUUCUUUCAAAUGAAAAUAAAGAUACCGAACAAGGAUUCAAGAGGAGUUGUGACAGCUUUUUAUCUGACUUCAACGGUCUACAAACAUUUGGGAGCAAAACAUGAUGAGAUAGACUUUGAAUUCUUGGUGGGCAACAAUAGAGAGCCUUAUGUGUUGCAAACAAAUGUUUUUGCAAAUGAUGAAGGAGGAAGAGAACAAAGACUUAGUCUCUGGUUUGAUCCAACAAUCGAUUUUCAUACAUAUGGAAUCCUUUGGAACCAACAUCAAAUAGUGUUUUACGUGGACGAAACGCCGAUUAGAGUAUUCAAGAACAAUUCGAAGAUGGGAGUGAGUUUUCCUUCACGAGAAAUGCACAUUACGGGUAGCAUAUGGAAUGGAGAACCUUGGGCUUCUAAUGGGAAGAGAAUAGAGUGGAAGAAAGCACCCUUCAGGGCUCACUUUCAAGGUUUCAACGUUCAUGGCUGCCAAUCCCAUAAACCCAACAGAUAUUUCUGCUAUUCUCCUCAUUUAUGGUGGAAUGACCAGAAACAUUGGAAACUCAAUCCACAACAACAAAGAGCAUACGAAAUUGUCAGGAACAAACAUUUGUUAUAUGACUACUGUUCUGACAGAGGACAACUGCAUAAAGAAUGUCAUGUCAUCUGACUGAUAAAUAAUUAAAUAAAUAAAAUGAUACAUAUCCUGAAUGUAUCAAAUUAAGACAGGAAUAGAGCAAGUUUAUCUCAUUUGAAAUUUUAGUUAUAUAGGUAUGAACCAUGCAAGUACAAAAUUAAUGUAUUAUUAUAAACAAAAUAUAAAAUAUAUGUAAUAAAUGAUUUGAU